GAAAAAUCUUCUCCAGCCGCAGCCGCUGCUACCUGAAGAAGCCAGCUUGGAAAAAAAAACAACGGUCCGUGUCACCGAGUCGAUCAUCUACAAGCUCAAAGCAGACAUGGGUGCGAGAUUCCUUCUGCUGAUCCUGGCGGCUCUUUGCCUCUCAGCGAAUGGACAGUCGACAACGUUGCUUGAUUCUUCGACUGCUGAACUCUCAACCAUCCCCGCCACCACAGCCUUCACCACCACAACCUCCUCCUCCUCCUUCACCACAACCUCCUCCACCACAACCUCCCCCGGCACAAUCACCACCACCACCACCGCCACACCUGCCGCCUCCAAAACCACCUCGACCGUCGUCACUCCCACCACCAACUCAACGGCCGCCACCUCAAUCACCACGGCCCAGCAAACCACCGCCAAGGCACCGGCGACGGCAACGGGCGGACUCGUUGCGGUGCUCCUCCCAGCAGCGCUCGUCCUGGGGGCGUCGUGGUAGCAAGGGGACGCAUCCAGCCCUGCAGUUGGUGCCAACACCCACCCCAUGCCCCGUAACAUCCACCCCAUGCCCCGUAACAACCCACCCCAUGCCCCGUAACAUCCACCCCAUGCCCCAUA